CCGGCUCUUUCUGGUAUUCCGGGCAGCAGGGAGGCACCGGCCGGGUCUUCUUCGGGGCCUCGGCGCUCCCUCCGCUUCCACCUUUCUCCGAACGGCCUUUCGGGACCGGAAGUCCAUCCUCAGCGGCCGGCGUGGGAGCGCUCCGGUUCGCCUUGCCGGAAGCUCUCCGCGGGGCUGGGAAGACGGCCCCACUGGCCGGAAGUCCCGCCUCCUCGGUUCCCCCACCCUGCUGAAGUUUCCCUCGCCCCGCGCGUCCGACCCCCUUCACCGUUUUGUGCCGUGCCAGCAAAGGACACGUUGAGUGUCUCUUUCCGCGAGCCCACUGAACGGGUCGGGUACCUCGCUCCCGAAGAGCGGGGCUCCUUCCCGGCGGCCCCCCAUGUAGCUGGGAAGCGGGGCCUGGGGGUGCUCGGACCCCUGGGAUCCCGAAGAGGCGGAGCGGGCGCGGAACCCCGACUGGCCCCUGCGGCUCGCCCCUCCGGCUCCGCCCUCGCUGUCAUGCACCCUGCGGCCUUCCCGCUUCCUGUGGUCGUGGCCGCUGUGCUGUGGGGAGCAGCGCCCGUCCGGGGGCUCAUCCGCGCGACCUCGGACCGCAAUGCCAGCAUGGACUUUGCAGAUCUUCCGGCUCUCUUCGGGGCUGCCCUGAGCCAGGAGGGACUUCAGGGGUUCCUUGUGGAGGCUCACCCAGCCAAUGCCUGCAGUCCCAUUGCCCCACCCCCCCCAGCCCCAGCCAAUGGGUCAGUCUUCAUUGCGCUGCUUCGAAGAUAUGACUGCAGUUUUGACCUCAAGGUUGCUGAACAUGGAAUGGGAGCAGGGAAUCUGAGGGUCCUAAAUGCUCAGAAGGCUGGGUAUGGUGCAGCUGUGGUACAUAAUGUGAAUUCCAAUGAACUUCUGAAUAUGGUGUGGAAUAGCGAGGAAAUCCAGCAACAGAUCUGGAUCCCAUCUGUGUUUAUUGGGGAGAGGAGUUCCGAGUACCUGCGCACCCUCUUUGUUUACGACAAGGGGGCCCAGGUGCUUCUGGUCCCGGACAGUAGUUUCCCUUUAGGCUAUUACCUCAUCCCUUUCACAGGGAUUGUAGGACUUCUGGUUUUGGCUAUGGGAGCAGUAAUGAUGGUUCGUUGUAUCCAGCACCGAAAACGGCUUCAGAGGAAUCGAUUGACCAAAGAGCAACUGAAACAGAUUCCUACCCAUGACUAUCGGAAGGGAGAUCAGUAUGAUGUCUGUGUCAUCUGUCUGGACGAAUAUGAAGAUGGGGACAAGUUAAGAAUCCUCCCCUGUGCUCAUGCCUACCACAGCCGCUGUGUAGACCCUUGGCUUACUCAGACGCGGAAGACCUGCCCCAUCUGCAAGCAGCUGGUUCAUAGGGGUCCUAGGGAUGAGGAGCAGGAUGACGAAACUCGGGGGCAAGAGGGUGAUGAGGAAGGGGAACCGAGGGAUCACCCUGCCUCAGAACGGACCCCACUUCUUGGUUCUAGUCCCACACUCCCCACCUCCUUUGGCUCCUUAGCCUCAGCCCCUGUUGUUUUUCCUGGGUCUUCAGCAGAUCCACCGCCCUCUCCCUCUUCAUCUACCACAUCUACCAUCCUGGUCUGAUGGUCGUGUUCUCCCCUACCACCACCUCUGGCAACCAAUUUGCACAAUCCCUGUUCUUUCCCCUAGUCUUGUAUGUUGAGUGAGGAAUAGCAGGACUUCUUCCACCCCAUCCUUUGAGGGAAUUGGAGGGGGGUGUAAAGGGACUAAAUCUUUACUUCCCGAGUAAAUAAAAUUGUCUUUUGUGGAUUAAAGAAGGGGGGUGAGAUUAUUCUCACA